AUGGCUGGUGUAGUCCGGAAAGAUACUGGAGUCGAUGAUGAAAGAGAUGACCGUCGUGGAGACCUCUCAGUCGACGUGGAAAUCAAUGUUUCUCGUGGGGAGAGCAUUCGGUCCCUCCAAUGCAGUGGAAAAGAAGGUGAAAGUGCCGGCAAUGCGACAGAAUCGGAAGUCCACGAGAUUGAGAAUGAUUUUCGUGGUGGUUGUGGAGAUAGGGCCAGCCAAAGGGCCGAUAAAGACGAUCAACACGAUGCGUUUCGUGGAGCUGGAGUGGGACGUGGUUGUGGCGGUUACGAUCGUUGCGGUACUGCUUUGGCUGGUGUUGCGGAACCGGUCGGUGUUGACGACAGUGAGGGCGACGCACAUGACAGUAGUGUUGCAGUUGGCACUGAAGUCAGUAAUACUCGUGGGAAUAGCACAGCCGGUUGGACUGGGGGCGUCGCAAGUGUAGAUCGCGCAGGAAUGCCUGUAGGCAUGUCGCGUAAACGAAGUGUAGCUGCAGUGGGAGAUGAUAACAAUUUGGAAGAUAAUGAACGAGAAGAAAAGACUGAUGAAGGCUCACGUUUAUUGGGUUUACCAAAUAACACUGUGCGGUGGCGAGACACAAUGUUUAAGAAGCACAUGCAUUUUGUUUCAAGUGAAGUCCUCCAACCUGGAAUUGAAAAUUACCGAACACUGACAAGAACAGCGUCGAAACCUAGUUGGUACUCGCUAACUACGGUUCCAGAAUGCGAAUCUAUCCCUCGAGAUGCCGUUCUUGAGAAUCUAGGACUAGACCAACCCGUUCCGGUCGAAUUUGACCCAGACCUCAGUCUACGGACCAGUUUGAAGGAGGUUGAAGCCGUCAAAAACAUGAAAUUCGAUCCGAGGAUCAAAAUGGAGGCUCCGACUGAUUUGUACAGUCACGAUGACGACUCGACGACAACCCGCGUGCGCCCUGAGUGUACCUACGUCUUUACGCGCUCAGCCUCCUUUAGCUUCCUAGCCUACAUUCCUCUUUAGUUUUGGCGGCAAGUGGUGAACUAAAUAAACGCAUACGCAGUUGUGAAAGGAGUUCGACUGUUGCCUCCCUUACACUCUCGGAAUUGAUGAAAUUUAUUGGAAUUAUUGUAAUUAUGAGUAUUAACGACAAAGGCGAGUAUAAUAACUUCUGCCUGAAGAUGCAAUACUGGCCAAUCAGAACUCUUCAGGCCUGGAAAAUACUAUGGUCUUACGUCGGUUCAAGCUGAAGAAAAUGUUUUUGUUUUAGGGCAUCAGACAGAGCGAUGCCGCAGCAAGAAUUCAC